UGUAAUCGACAAUUUCAUCCUAUUACGACAUCCAACGCGCCACACUUUUCACCCGGAUAAAAUACAGGUGGCGCAUCUACUUUACGAAACGAUAAUAAUAAUUAGCGAAUUUUACUGCGAGCUAUUUAUCAGCUUUAAUCCAAGCUCGAAGUUUCUUUCGAGUGUAAGACAAUCGAAUAUAAACGUCGAUGACUCGACGCGUUUUUAUCGUCGACGUUGGUGGGAAGGUUGAUUGGUCGGUAACGAUUCGAGUGGAUCGAAUUUCAAAAUAAUCGGCGCAAAAGUUGCGUUCAGCAUAGUUUGCCAGGAAAAGUACUUGCGCAACAGUGUUUUUGAAAAUUGUACGCGAGUCCAGUGACACGAGAGGCGCGGCACAAAGUGGCCAGUGACACAUAAAGAGCAUAUUUUCGAGCAUUACCGAAGGGAUCCGUCUCGGUCCCGGCCAACUACCUGUGUUCGUUUCACGCCUGUUCGCGUUUUCCAGCGUUAGAAUCUCCCGCACCGAUCUUUCCAGUGGCCCCGGUAAUGGGCAAAUAACCGACGGAUUACGUCGCCUAAUCCUCCUGCUAACGCGAUCUCAUUGUCGCGAGGGAAUCGAGCGAAUCUCAUGCCUUUUACUCUCUGCUCGCCUUCCAAAUCGUUCAUCUUUUCUCGCUCCAUUGGAUCGAGGAAUCUCUGCGGCGCGAUAACGAUCGACCGAAAUCAGUCGAAUCUUUAGGAAUUUCUCGUUAUUUCUAAUCGCGAGGAACGUUUUUAGACGCGACAAUUUCGCCGAGGUGGGAGGGAGUUCAGAAAAAUUGAUAAAGCUUCGAUAAAGCCGAACGGGCAAUACGAAACCACGCGGCGGACGAGCUUGUUCACCUGCGCGUAACAAGAAUGUCAGCUUCUAAAAAUAAAUUGCCCGUACGAUCGUGGACGAUUCUAGCGGCGCGGUGGCGCGAGUAUACGUAACGUGCGCGCGAAGAUAGUCGCUAUCUCGACGAGGCGGUGUCCAAUGUCGGCCACCAACACGACCGCCAGCACUUUCCAUCCCCGCCAGCCAAACGCGCCUCGCUUUAUUGUUCCCCGCGUAUUAAUUUUAUAGAUAUAAGUGCACACUUACGCGCGUGCAUGCCGAUACUGUCUACGCUCCACGAGGAAAUACGAGAUGCACUUGCGACUGCCUUUCUGUCGCUUCGUUCGAUCGACAGCCCUGUAAUGCUUGUUCGCUCACCUCCUCUCCUCCUCUUCCCUCGCAUAAAACACGAGUCGGCUAUUAAUCUGUCGUGAAGCUUUCGGAGAGAACCAGCUCCUUCGGUCUAAACCUUUGACACGUUUUUAAACUCUCGGGUCGUUCGAGAAUACCUGCUCCGAAAUGUAGAAUGGAUUUCAGUUCACGGACGGCGCGGCGUUACGAGAACACGGCACAGACAGUCGGUUUAAUUUAUCUGGAUUUACGCCGGCGAAGAUGCCCGCCCGUUUGCCGACGUGUUUCAAGGGGCUGAACAAGCGUACAAGAGGAUCGUCGGGUCGAUUUUGCACAGAGCCAUUUUGGAAUGCAAUUAAACGCAGUACAACGAAAUACGACACUGACGCUGCUACUGGUGCCGUUGCUUCGCUUCGCUAUGUUCUCUUCCGCUUCAUUGCUUUCCUCUUCCUACAACCACCCACUCACCACCCCUCUACCAGUCUGCCUUCGUCGUACCCCUGUACCUACCACUCGUCGUGUCAGGAAUACCUCCGUUUAUCCAGCUACAAACGACCGAAUUUUCACCGAAGCCUUUCAUUCUCAUUUCUUUUCCCCAUUUCCGCUUUCGCUUUCAGUCUGCGAAUAUCGAGGCGAACGAGGAGGACGCGGAUAAGCCCGAGGGAAGAAAAUAAGAAAAUGAAAAGAGUGGACGAUCUUGAGAUCGUUUUGAUAAGGCUGGGGAAGCGCGCGAGAGGACGCCAGGGGGUGUCGGUAGGGGUAGAUUGGCGGAGGUUGGCGCGAGGAGGUAUGACAAGGGGGUGGUGUACGAGGAAGAGGAAGAGGAAAAGGGAGCGAGACAGAGAGGGAGCAGGAAAAUGGCGGCUCGCAGGACAUCCGACACCAAAUCGAAGGAGACGCCAUCGCAAAGCGCGGCACCGCCCCUCUAUCACCGGAUCUUGCUCCGCCGGUGUCGUCGUUCUACCUAGGGCGCGCUCUCUAAAUUAAAACGAUUUUUGCCCGUUUACGAAAAACACAGCCCAAACACUUUGCGACAAAUCGAUUUUAUUUUAGCUCCGGAAGAAGCAAAGGAAAAGAGACAACAGCGUUAGGUUUAAUGAUCGUCGUCGAUUCCGAUGCUUUUCGCGGGAUACGAAAGAAAAAUCGAAGAACGUAUCGUCGAGUAAUGACGUAAUACGAACGGUGCAUCGAUCCAACCCGGUUUGCCGUAGUAGCGAGAACGUUCGACUCACCUUGUUUUCAACUAUGCGACGAUUCAACAAAUAAACGUGUUUCAACGCAAAAAUCGUGUUACUCGAUUCGCUUCCGUCUACAGAUAAAGAGAGAAAGAGAGAGCAGUGCUCGUUGCGCUGACGAUCAUCGUUCGUACGAACACUUCUGUUUUUCCCGAAGGAAAUUUGUCAAAGUCCCGCGGACACGUUGAGUCUCGUCACGGUGAAACGACGCGGAGCAUCCGACAAAUGGCAAUUAGACGGAAAAGGCGGAGCGGAUUGAAAGGAUUGACCAGGCGUGGCAAACAGAGGGAUUUCGGUGCUCGUCGAAAGACAUCUUCGCUCGUCUGCCAGCGUAUCGGCUCUCAUUGAUCUACUUAACGCCGCUGGUUUGACGGAUUUCACGCUAUUUUCAUCGACUUCCUGCCGUCGGGCUACGCCACCCUGCCACCCUUUACGAUCUCGCUUCACGCUUUUCUUCGUUUUUAAUUACGCUUCCAUUUUUGCAAUUUUAUUUCUUCGUCACAUUGGUAACUACUCGUUUGCAGAAACGCUUAGCGUUUUAAGAAUCUGGCGAUUUCGUUACAUCAGUCUGAUUUUUUCCCUUCCAUUCGGUGGCAUGAGAAAGGACGACGGCGGGGACUGAUGGAAAACGCUAGGGGAAUUGUUGCCGGUUGUUGUGAAAUUAAUUAAACGCGAGGUGUGAUAGCACCGCUUAGAAUCACAACACGGUGUACGGUAACGUUGUCGCGCUCCGUUUCCGGUGUUUGUUGGUUACCUCCUAUAUUCUCUACGCUUUGCCCACAGACGAGUCCGCGUGUUCGACUACUCACACACGCUUCUUGUAUUCGUCGCGGCGAGGAUCCAGGAGAAAAAAGUAAUUUAAAUAAAACAAUAAUUACCAGAAUAAAUCGAAGGUAAUCGUCUAAAUUUUACACCUGGCGCGACUAAAUCUUACUCUACGAUUUAUCAGACAGAUAUUGAAUUUUUUCUUCUUUAAACGAAGUCGCGUAACACAGAAACGAUUAACCAUGCGAUCGAAGGGCGAAGGGGAGAAGGGUGGAUGAGUAGAGAAAGAGGGAGAUUGAAAUAAUCGCUCAUCGAACGAGUCGAAGAGGUUGCUCUCGCAGGUGAGAAUCCAGCAACGCGACGGAGCCGGUAUCCGUGGUCACCGAACGGGGUGGCUUUCGCCGGGGGUAGAAAUAUGCGCCGCCCCCGUGCUCGUCCAAUCGAAGGAACGCGCGCGCUCCCCGUCGACCAAUAGGAACACGCUCGAACGCGUCUCCCGUCCGAAUGCGCCGCGUUCCACUCCUCUCCGCGCUGGUGCGCCUUGAAAAACAAAAAGGACAUCAAAGAACAGAGGAAGAGAGAACACCAGCGACGACGUCCUCUAGUUGUGGCUGUGGCAGCGUCAACGGGAACGGCAUCGGUGGUAUCGGCGCGGAAUAAUCGGCAGUGGCAGCGAUCGUCGUAGCAGUAACAGCAGAACCGCGUAACCACGCGACGACGUUUUUCCGCCGGCGAAUACCGCGCUAUACAACAGUUUUCCCUUUGUAAACACUGUCCGUUCUUUUUUAAUUCGUCGAAAAAUCGUUUCGUAUUCUCUUUUGCAAAGUGUCGUCGGAUGUUAUCGGAUGUUUCGACGAUUAAAACGCACGGGUCGUGAAGUGUUUUCGAGGCAGUGCGACUUUGUUCGAGGGUGAAGUUAACGAAUGUUGAGUGCACUUGAGUGGAAAAAAUUAAAGACGCUCCGCGGACAGUUUCCUCGAGAAAAACUCGCACCGUUGGGAAACACGUUAGGGUAACGAGGCGUUUAUGAAUGGAAACUCGGUUGGCGAGGACGCGAAUGAAAGGCUCGCGAUCAAACAAUCGUCCGAGCGGCGGAUGCUUGCUUUCGUCAUCAGCUGUUCAUCCGUAAAUGAUCGAUAACGUCGAUCGAGCUACGAGAAACGAAGCACUCGGAGGACUCUGUUCCGAAGGAAACGUCGAAUCCAUAAAGAAAUGAUCGUCGAUUGAUUGGCGCGAUUGGGAAAGAAGAAUCGACCGAGAAUGCCCGACAGUUCGGAUCAUUUGUCGUCGCCGAACAGCGAGUGCAACAGCCAAAUUGGCGGUAUGCAUCGAAACACGUCUGCUGGGCAAUACAACGAUUCCUCGAUACCUGGUCUACCUCUGACCCAUCAUUCCCAUUCGCAAAAUCUAACGCCCGCCUCGAACGGAAGCCCCCGGUAUUCUCAAGAGUUGACCAGCUGCAGCUCCGCUAACCCGUCCACGAAUAUUGGAAACAUCGGGGCACUCUCUCUGGGAACGAGCAGCAGUAACUUUACCCCGGAACAGAUAUCUUGCAUGUGCGAGGCGUUAUCGCAGAGUCAGGAUAUCGAGAAGCUCACGAGGUUUCUAUGGUCUUUACCACCGGGCGAACUGCUCCGGGGUGGCGAGAGCGUUCUAAUGGCAAGAGCCACGGUGGCAUUUCAUCGGGGAGCAUAUCACGAGCUCUACUCGAUCCUGGAGAGUCAUCCGUUCUCGCCGCGUCGACACCAGGAGCUUCAGCAGAUGUGGUUCAAGUCGCACUAUCGCGAAGCGGAGAAGAUCCGCGGCCGUCCGCUGGGUGCGGUGGACAAGUAUCGGCUGCGGAAAAAGUACCCCUUACCGAAGACGAUCUGGGACGGGGAGGAGGUGGUGUACUGCUUCAAAGAACGCUCGAGGAACGCGUUGAAAGAGUGUUACAUGAGGAACAAGUACCCGGCUUCCGACGAGAAGAAGAAUCUAGCGAAGAAGACCGGUCUGACGCUCACCCAGGUGUCGAAUUGGUUCAAAAAUCGAAGACAGAGGGAUCGAACGCCGCAAACAAGGACGGACAUGAUGCCGUUGAAUUGCCAAAACGGUGGCAACGUGAUCGGCGGCUCCGUGAGCAACGGAGGAAGCAUUCAGUCGUUGCAGAGCAUCGAUUCGGAUAAUUCGAAUCUCGCGAUGUCGCCGCUCUCGACGAUGGGUAUGUCGCCCGUCGGCGUGAAUCCCUGCAGCCCGAUGGGCAUGAGCCCAAUGGCUCCACGUCAUCCUGGAUACGCGCCACCCGUCACUCCCUCGACCGUGCAUACCAGCCACCCCCACAACGGUGCACUCAGCCCCAUGAACGACGUGAAAGCGCUCUGCUAUGGCCGCGGAGUUUACGACACCGGUAAAGACGUGGACCAGAGCACGGUGUACUACUCGAGUCAUUCGGGCAUGCAUCAUCAGUACUACCAGCAGACGCAUCAUCAAAUGAUGUCGGGCGCUCAUCAUUAUCAGCACCACCAGCAGAGCAUGCCGACGGGCUACGAAAUCACGUUGCCGCCGCCUCAGCAUUCGACGUGACCAACAGAUUACGAGGAGGCCGAUCGGAACGACGCGGCUCGCCACGGCCAAGCCGAUGAUGUUUUCGCGCGCGUCCACGCGUUCGCCUGACUCGGUGUUUUGCUUCUUUCGACAGGUUUCACGACCGAAUAAUUACGAUCGAUCGACCAAAGUUCUCGCGGGAACUCGAGAGAUGACAGGGUGGGUAACUCGCUCCCGGACGCGAAACGACGCGACGUCGUCACGGGACUUAUCGAGUGAUACGCUAUCAUGGUGGUUGGAAGAACCAUCGACUCUGCGUCUGCUAGCCAAUAGAGAUGUAAGUUCGUUCGUAAAAGUUCUGGGAGGAGUUUCGAAGGAGAACUGGUUUCACGCAUGCACCCUGUUCGUAAAGGUGUUCGCCUAGGGUCGAGACCGUGAUGGCGCCUAUGAAUCUUCGACUGCCCCUUUUCGUUGUGCGGGAUUAACGAUUGGCAUAUCAAAGAAAUCGUUUCGAAAAUCUAUGUUCACCAGGAUACGUAUUUUCGUUCGAUAAUCGGAAAUUAAAAUUAAAAGACGAUUUUCAGACGGACUCUCGUACCCUAACGAUACGAUCUCUGAUACCUACCCCCUUAAUACUAGAAACGGACUUUGUCUUUUAGCGUAAAAGAUAUUUUUCACCCUAGAUUCGACUGUUUCGCACGGUACAAUCUCCCAUGACGCCUCCCAAAACGAAACAAAGGAUCUCUUCUAAACAACGUACCAUAUUAAUAAACAAAAUUUAUUGUAAAAUUAUGUGAGGCGCGUUAAAUGUAUAGAAAUAAAAUAUGAAUUCGUGAAUAGUA